AUGUUGUGCGCGAGGGCAGCUCGCACAGCGCUGCUACGACGCCCGGCACUCCUCCUCGUUCGCCAGACCCCUUCCGCCGCCGCCCUCCGCAUUGCAGCAUCGAGUCCUCGACCGUACAGCCAAGCCAGCAGCAUCGCAAAUCCCCAGCCGGCAGAGUUGCGGAGCGCCACUGAAGACCUCCUCUUGGCUCUCGAUCAGGCGGAAGCGGCCGACCUGGCGGCGGUCCAAGACGUUGACGAAGUCGAAUACGAGCUUCCAUCAAGACCGGAUGACGGGCUGACCGCGAAAGAAACAAUCGACAAGCUCCUGCUCAAACCGAAACCCGCUCCGCAAUACCUCAACGCCAGCUUCUUUCUCAAGCGCAUCGGGAAAUGCCUCAUGUUUGGCUGCAACGAGGAGCAGGUCGCCGUGGCGGCCCGCCUUGUGCGCCAGAUCGCCAAGGACUUUCCUCGAUUGCAAAUGGCUCGGUCCAACGCCGUCGUCGACCCCAGGGCCGUGUAUACAGAAAGGCUAGACAUGACGAAACGAAUCGAGCUCGAGCCCUUGUCCAAGACGUUCGGAGUGAAAUGGGAUCAGAUUCAACGAAUACAACGGAAGACCUGGAAGGUUGAUUCCCACUCGCUGAGCCAUAAGCCGGUGUCGCCGCUGGCCAUCCAAAAUAUGCAGUGGCCGUCGAACUUGCGAUACAACAUCUCUCUGUAUACCCGUUUGGAGAGCUUCACUGAGAUGGAUCGCCGCGUCAAGUUCAUUCUCGACGUGGCCUUAUGGUCACAUUCGGCCAACGCUUUUCUUGUGAACGCAAAAGCCACACUGGUAUUUCUCUACCCCCGGAAACAGUUGCAGGGCAAGUCAACCCGCUGGUUUGCGGAAGAGAUGGAACGUAUGCUGAAUCAUGCGACGCCCGAGGUCUGGCAGGAGGGCAGAGACUUGAUAGACACAAUCCGCAUAUUGGAGUCGCAGACUUGGAAUAGGGCGGACGCGGUCGAGGACUUGGGCAGUGCUUCGUCGGCUUGA